GCUGCACCCACCCUGCGGCGGCCUCUGCCGGGCGAGCCAUGGGCACGGUGCCGUCCGCGCUGAAGCACUGCCUCAGCUACCAGCACCUCCUCAAGGAGCAGCUGUGGAUCGCGGAGCCGCCCGCGGCCGCGCACCCCGCGCAGGAGCCUCAAGCAUCUGGUCUGCCUGAGUACAUAAAGAUUGUAGAAGUUGGGCCGAGGGAUGGUUUACAAAAUGAAAAGAUGAUAAUCCCAACUGAUACAAAAAUUGAGUUCAUCAACCAGCUUUCCAAGACAGGCCUGCCUGCAAUAGAAGUGACCAGUUUUGUUUCAUCCAAAUGGGUGCCUCAGAUGGCAGAUCACAAAGAAGUAAUGAGUGGUAUUGAGCGGCAUCCUGGAGUACAGUAUCCCGUUCUUACACCUAAUCUUCAAGGUUUUCAUUCUGCUAUUGCAGCAGGAGCUACAGAAGUCUCAGUAUUUGGUGCAGCGUCUGAAUCUUUUAGCAAAAUGAAUAUUAAUUGUUCAAUUGAAGAAAGCAUGGAAAGGUUUGAAGAAGUCACUAAAUCUGCAAGGAAUAUGAAUAUUCCAGUGCGUGGGUAUGUGUCCUGUGCCUUGGGAUGCCCAUAUGAAGGAAAUGUUGUACCAGAUAAAGUGGCAGAAGUAUCUAAGCGGCUGUACAGUAUGGGCUGUUAUGAAAUCUCUCUGGGAGAUACAAUUGGUGUGGGGACACCUGGAAGUAUGAAAAAAAUGCUGGAAGCUGUUAUGAAAGAAAUUCCUUUGAGUGCUCUUGCUGUUCACUGUCAUGACACGUAUGGUCAGGCAUUAGCCAAUAUCCUCACAGCCAUACAGAUGGGAGUUGCUGUAGUGGAUUCAUCUGUUGCAGGACUUGGUGGUUGUCCCUAUGCAAAAGGUGCUACUGGAAAUGUAGCCACAGAGGAUGUGAUAUACAUGCUGAAUGGUCUGGGGAUCAACACAGGAGUAAAUCUUUGUGCUGUGAUGGAAGCUGGAAAUUUCAUCUGCACAGCUUUGAGCAAGAAAACAAACUCGAAGGUUGCACAAGCUUCCUUCAGUACUGGAACUAUCAAUUAAAUGGAUUUUUCUUUUUGCAGCUUGAUUACAUUUUCCAUUUACCUUGACCAAGGACAUUUGCAUCAGGAAAAGAAACAAGAAAAUCAUUGAAUCAAAGAAGCAAAAUAGUUUUGUUUUGGUUUUUUUUAAUGGGAGGACUUAUUGUACUGUACUGUCUUGUCAGGAAUUGUCAGAUUUGUAAGUAAGAAAAAAAUGACUGCAUUAUAGAACCCUGUACCCUGUACUUGGUACUUCUACAGAUGAGAAAAAUGUAUAAACAUUAGGACAUUUUACCACGUUUUAAAUUGAAUUUUUAGUUCUUUUCAGGAAAACCAGGUAGAAGCAAUGAAUACAUAGUUAAAUUUUAAUCAAGAUGUCUUUCAGAACAGUACAAAUAUUUUCAGUAGUUUAUGAGAUCUCACACUGUGUGGGGUCUUUCUAUUAUGUAUUUUAUUUAUAUGAAUUCUUGCUUUUCAUUUGUCAAGUCACUCUGUUUUGAACAUGGAGCUAAAUCUGAAUUCACCAUAAGAAUUUUUUAGCAAUAGAACUUCUUUUAAAUUUUGUUUAACAUCUGUUAAAUUAUGGAUGACUUUAUCUUGUUCCAAGACAUUGUGGUGAGUGGCACUCUGCCAGAUGCUUCAAAUCCUCCUGCAAAUUUCAUUAUUUGUUACAUAUGUUAAAUUUGUUGUAGUUGCCUUUUUUGGUCAACUUAUUAAAACCUAAUUAUAUGAAGCAAAUAAAAAUUGGCAAGGUUUUCAACAUCAUUCAGGUUCAUAGUGGUGUCGAAGGGGAUACAUUUUCAUCCAAGGUUUCAUCAAACAAUUAGAUUUUUCAUUCUGUAGGCUAUGAAUUGAUAUUCUCAUUCAGAAGUCACAGGUUUUUCAGGAUAAUAGUAUUUUACUGGACUAGCUUACACAAAGGACACCGUUUAAAAUUUUUUUUUUUUGUGCUUUACUGAUAAUGAUACUGUCAUUUCUAGAUCAAUAAUGAACAAAUGGACACAUUCAAAGAGCCUAAUCCUAUCUAUAAAUGUUCAUGUGUGCCAUGAAAAUAUCGUCAUGUUUUUCAGCCUGAAACUUCAGUACUCUUACUGGUUGGUUGUGUAGGAUCUGUCUGUACUUCUCUGUGUGCUUAACUAUACUUUUUCUGAACCUGUUGACAUGAAAAUCUAAAACCCUGGACUGUGCUCUUCAUCAAUAUUCUCGAUUUUUCUCAAAAAUAUGAAAUCUUGUCAAAAGGAUAAGAUGAAAUAAAGUGAAAGAUAACACAUUAAAAAAGAAAAGGCUGAAUAUUUUUUUGUCUGGAACUCAAGUCUGACAAGUUACAGCUGAGGCACAGUUUGCCUUUGAAAUACCAAAGUGAAUUUUUCUGAGAUCUUUUA